AUGGAGUGUUGUCGAACGACGGCAUCAAUUGUGGCCAGCCCGCCGUUGUCCAAAGCACCGACCCUACCCCAGCGCCCCGCGCUGUUCCUGGCGCCGCCGCCAUCGUCGCGCGCCCAGUUUCAACCAAAAACUCUGGUUGGGGGACGAGAGAAAGGAGAUGGAGGAUUGGCAGCGAGCGGCGAUGGACAGGUUCCAAGAAAGGCAAACAGUAGGAGGCCACCGGACGGCAUCAAAAGGCCGCGAACGGAAGGAGCGCCGUCGUUAAUGAAAGAGAAGGAACUAGAGCAGCGGGGCUCUUGGGCGGAAGGAGGGCGAGCGGAGCCAAAAAUUGCCAACGGGCCGGAACCGCUCAUCCCUAACAAGACGUACCUGACAGAGAUUGCGGACUCGGCAAGGCACUCCCACCUUGUCGGGACGGAAAAGCAACCUCUGCUUAUCGGGCGGCCCAUGGAGUCGGCAGCUUGACAUAGGAAGAGACUAAGGGUACUUCCUCGGGGCACACCGUUUAUAGUGACCGGGGCCAAAUCCGUGUCAGGAGUCGAGUGCUUUCGUUCAGCAUGUCCUCGAGAAGCUCGGACUUGAUUUCACCUGUUGUUCCACCUCUGGCACAUUCCUGCCUUGACAGCCGAGCAGUUGCCAGCAACUCAUAACUGUUCCCCAUUUCCCAUGAGCAAAUGUCUCCUCGUAUUGGACGACAGCGGGUGGCCUGCAUCUGGUCGUACAGUGACAGACAAAUUCUUCAAGCCGAUUGAACCAUUUGCAUGGC